CUACGUAUAAACUCUAACUAACGCAAAAAACUAACUCAAUGGAGUCCACGUGUACCUCUGAGGUGCUGUUGGGUGUUUUUGACUCCUCCUGUCCAUCUCCUCACCUAUCCCCAUAUGAAAACAAGAUUGGAGGCUACCCGGAUUGCUACGUCUCUUGUCCACUAGCACUCUCCUCACUACCUGUCUGCUCGGUGUGUGGGAGUACGCUGUGUUUGCUGGUGCAAGUCUACUGCCCCCUGGAGAAUACUUUAUAUCACAGGACAAUCUACGUCUUCUCCUGUGAGCAGCCAUCUUGCCACAAAGAUAGCAAAAGCUGGCUGGUACUCCGAUCUCAGUGUGAAGAUGAGUCAAUAUCACGAUCACGUGAUGAGUUCAAACCAGCAACGAUUUCAAAAACUAACCUAAUGGCAGCUGCAGACUGGUGUGCUGAGGCCAAUGACUGGGAAAGUGAUGACCACGAUGAUCUCAAUACUAAAGCUACUGGUGACAGCAUAGAAAAGCAAAUGGAACUAUUAGCAAUUACUGGUACGGGUGCAUCAACUGCUAGCGAAGAAACACCCACUCAUCAUACUACAUACUCUGCUCCAUUCUAUCCUCCGGCUUAUCUGAGUGUGAUUGAAGAGCCAAGUGAAUUGUCGCUUGGCAAAGAUAUACACCACGCUCGUAUCCUGUUGAAGAAGUAUCAAUCUGAGAAUGGUUUGGAACUGUGUGAAGCAAAUAAGGUUUCGGUUUCGUGUAGAGGAAAAGCUUCUGGAGGAGAAGGUUACGAAAAAGCAGCAGCAAAACACGGUGACAGAGCAUUUCAGAAAUUCCACAAGCGACUAGGAAAGUGCCCUCAACAACUUAUUAGGUACAAUCGUGGAGGUGAACCACUGUUAAUCACAUACAACCCACCACCAAAGCCGUCCGAGACCCUCUGUAAUAACUGUGGAGCACCCUGCGUAUUUGAGCUCCAGCUGAUGCCCACUCUAGUCUACUCCGUGCAGCUUCAGCUGGUCUCACAACACCUUGGAUCAACAGGCUCUACGUCAUUAAGGAAAGAGAACAUGCCUGACUUUGGUACUGUGUUAGUGUACACAUGCUCUAAAAGUUGCUGGACUGAUAGUUCAUUACCAAGAGUAGAAGUAGCAAUUAUUCAAAUAGACGAUUGUUAAAUAAAAAUCAUUUUGUGGAUAUGUAAAAUUUAAUGGUUGAAUAAACAUUGAAAGAUUGAA